AUGGCAUUUUUGGGAUACGGAGCUGUGGCCGCUUUGGGCGGCGCAGUCAUCUACGCAAAUCUGCCGACGUACUUGACGAUCGGAGCCGUCGCGCCGACGUUUGCGCAUUUGGCCGCCGCGAAGUUGGUGCCGAUUCGUGGAGCGCCGGGGGAGAAGGAGAAAGUGGAGAGGAGCGAGCAGUUCACGGUUAGCGACACUUAUUUUCAACGGUUUAGCGGAAGAAUUGAAAACGAACACUUUCCUCCAAAAUUAUCGUUUUUCGAAUAAUCAGUUUCAAUGUUUCUUUAUUUUAAUUAGCAGCAGGUUAAAAAAACUUUCAGGCGGAAUCGCUGUUCACAAAGGGACCGAUUCUGGUGAUGGCGGUGCGACGACCGGGAUGUCUUCUUUGCCGUCGAGAAGCCGCCGAACUGCACACUCUUCAGCCGUUGCUCAAGCAGAAAGGCAUCGGAUUGGUAAGCGCACGGCGCGCCGAUUCUAUAAAUUUCCCAUAAAAUUUCGAAUUUCACUUCAAAAUCCCACAUUUUUAGGCGGCCGUAGUUCACGAGACACUCGGCGCGAACGAGUUCAAGUCGUGGUUCACGGGCGGCGAAGUGUAUUUCGACGCGGACCGCACGUUUUACGGCCCGAACGAACGUUGGCUGCCCGUCUGGAUGGGAGUCCUCCGCGUCGGCACCUAUUCGAACGCCUACAAAGCGAAAAAGGCGAAGGUCGACGGAAAUCUGAUCGGAGAGGGACGACUCCUGGGAGGUAUGGCCUUUUUGACCAACUUGCAAUAUUCCGAUGGGACUCAAACUUUGCAGGCUUCUUGGACUCGGGUUGAAGUAUAUUGGGUUCAAGUUUCAGACCGAUCGGAUCAUCUGGUCCCUAGUUCGAAGCCUAAAUGGCCAAACCAAACCAGUAUACUUAGCGACCAGAUAAUACUUUAACCCAAGUCCAAGAAGACUGUAAAGUUCGGAUCCAAUCGGAUUAUCUCAAGUGGGCGCCGUGCUCAUGUUUGGAAUGAAAAUACUGAUAAAAUGUUCAGGAGUCUAUCUGAUCGCCAACAACGAAAUCGUCUACACACAUCUGGAGAAGGAGUGGGGAGACGCCGCAAACAUUGCCGAGGUCCGCGCCGCCGUCGAGAAGUUCUCCGAGAAAAAGACCAAUUGA